AUGAUAUCAUUUUCUAAAGGAACAUUCAAAGUUAUUGAACCUGUAUUAGCAACAUUAAAAUAUAAGUUGGAGAAUGGAUUACCACAAUUUAUAGUCAAGCACUACACUGAUGUUGUUUUAAAUCCUCUACAAUAUGAAGUAAAGUAUACUGUUGAUGAAAAUUCAGCCAUUGAAGAGGAAAUAGAACAAUAAUAAUAUAAAUCAAUCUAGUUAAAACUGGAUUUUACUUACUUAGUAGAAGCAACUUCAACACAAAAAUAAAUUAUGAAUAACUUUGGUGUAGUUUAAGUUAAUGAAUUUAAAAGUAGAAUACCAGUAAUUGUUUCUAAGGAAAAUGAUGACUUAUGUAUCACAUUUUUGUGA